AUGGCAUAUAUAAGAAUAAAUAAUAGCAAAGUUAAUGCUAAUGAUAAUGAGAAUGCUAAUGAUAAUCCAUUUGAUGAGGAACAUGCGGAAGUACUUUUCAGUCAACCAUUAAUAACUACUGCGACUGAUCAUGAAACCUCUGGACCGGCUAGUUUGAUACCGAAAAUAAUUGUUCAGGAUAUGGGAAGACCAUCUUCAGAAAAGAAGGAAAUCAUAUACUCUGAUCAUUCUGGAGAUAAUGAUGAUGACGAUGAUGAUGACGAUGAUUUCAGUGUUGAAAUAGAUAAUAAUAGCGAUGAAUUUGAUCCCGUAAAAUAUGGUGACUCAAAUCAAGGUCUUCGACAACAACAUCUUCUAGAAGGUGGAAAUAAUUCAAUUUCUGUCAAUGAAUACAUGGAUGAUUUCGGAAAUUUAUAUGCUCAUGUCGAUUUUAAUUGUAAACAGUAUACAUCAAAAUUAAAAUUUAAAGGAACAUUUCUAGUAUAUUUUACUUCGGCAUUUGUAUCAUUUUUUGUAUCUUUAUUUGGGUAUGAACAAGGUGUUUGUUCAGGAAUAUUGACAUUUCGUACGUUCAAUGAUUAUUUUGAUUAUCCUAGUAAAUCUGAAAUUGGGCUUGUUAUAUCAAUAUUGGAAAUUGGAGCUAUGUUUUCAUCAUUGUUAGUUGCUAAAAUUUCAGAUAUCUUUGGUAGAAAACGUACAAUUUUAUUGGGAACAUUUAUUUUUAUAAUUGGUGGUGCAUUGCAAUCUUUUGCAAUUAACUUAUGGGUGUUUGGUGUGGGAAGAGUUUUAUCUGGUAUAGGAGUGGGAAUAUUAUCUACUAUAGUUCCUUCUUACCAAUGUGAGAUUAGUCCAAGUGAAGAAAGAGGUAAAUUGGUUUGUGUUGAAUUUACGGGUAAUAUUAUAGGUUAUUGUUUAUCAGUUUGGGUUGAUUAUUUUAGUUAUUUCAUUCAACCAAAGAAUGUCAAUGAAUCGAAAUUCUGGUCGAAUGUAAGUUGGAGACUUCCAUUAUUUAUUCAGGUAAUAAUAGCAUUUGUUUUAUUGGUAGGAGGAUUUUUUAUAGUUGAAAGUCCUAGAUGGUUAUUAGAUGUCGAUCAUGAUCAACAAGGAUUAAAUGUUUUGGCAUUAUUAUAUGAUUCUCAUCAUGAUGUAGAUAAAGCAAGAAAGGAAUUUUUCAUAAUUAAGAAUUCUAUUCUUCAAGAACGAAUUUCAAUUCCUAAAUCGGAAAGAAGUUGGAGGAAUAUGUUUCGUAAUUAUAGAUCCAGAAUUUUUAUUGGUUGUUCUGCGUUAGGAUUUGCUCAAUUGAAUGGGAUAAAUAUUAUAUCUUAUUAUGCUCCAUUAGUAUUUGAAGAAGCUGGCUUCAAUGAUUCAUAUGCAUUAUUAAUGACUGGUAUAAAUGGUAUAAUUUAUUUAUUAAGCACAAUUCCACCCUGGUUUAUUGUUGAUAAAUGGGGUAGAAAACCAAUAUUAAUAAGUGGUGGGUUUUCAAUGGGUGUUUGUUUAUCAUUAAUUUCAUUAAUUAUGUGGUUAAACAGAUCAUAUACUCCUACCAUGGUAGCCAUAUUAGUUAUUAUUUAUAAUGCAUCAUUUGGCUAUAGUUGGGGACCAAUAGGGUUUUUAAUUCCUCCUGAGGUAUAUCCAUUGGCGAUUAGAUCAAAGGGUGUCUCAUUAAGUGUUGCUACUAAUUGGUUGGCGAAUUAUAUCGUAGGACAAUUAACGCCUAUUUUACAAGAACAAAUUGGAUGGCGAAUGUAUUUAUUACCAGCUACAAGUUGUAUAAUUAGUAUUUUUGUGGUUAUUUGGUUUUAUCCAGAGACUAAGGGAGUCGAAUUAGAAGACAUUGAUAGUUUAUUCGAAGAGUUCUAUGGCAAGUCAUCAAACUUGUCUGCAUCCAAUAAUUCUGCAAGAUAUGAUAGAAUUGUAAAUCUGUUGGAUGAUGCCAGGGCCAGUAACGCAAAUGGAAAUAAUGUUGAUUUUGAAUUGGAUGAAUUCGAUUAUGAUGACGAUAACGAACUUUUGCCCAAUAGCAAUAAUGCUGAAACUAAUUCGCCAAGAAGGACAAUGUUGUAA